ACGAAGAGUUAUUGAAGCAUAUCCGUGCUGCGAAUGCUCUUAUUCUUAUCUGGCCUCGACGGAGAACGGAAAACGGAGACGGACAGAGUUACGCCGUUAGGGUUUCAGCUAAGGAUUGUCAAUGGCGGACGCCGUCGUGCUCUACUCUACCCCCACUCACCUCAAUUCAUUGUCCCCUCUCGCCGCCUUAAUCGCCGAUCACUAUCCCUCCAUCUCCGUCCUCCUCCUCUCCACCGCCGCUCCGCCUCCAUCUCUGCCCCCUUCCGUCGCUUACUGCCGCCUCCCUACGCCGCCCCUUCCGCCAGAUGCACACUCCGAUCCAAGCUUUCUGAUGGAAAUUCCUCGCCUCUGUAACCCCGAUUUCCGGCGAUUCCUCGCCGAAACCUCCGGGAAAUUCACCAUCAAAGCGGUGGUGCUCGAUUUCUUCUGCAAUUCAGCCUUCGAGGUCUCGAAUAGCUUCGACAUACCUACCUACUUCUGCGUCACCACCGCCGCGAUUGGCCUCUGCAACUUGCUCUACUGGCCGAUUAUCCACCGGAAUAUUCCUCUGGACAUGGCGGAGGUCAAGGAUUUUAUUCACAUCCCCGGCUGUACGGCGCUCCUUUCCAAGGACCUCCCCGCGGUUUUGCUUCGCCGGCGGAGUAAUUUCUACAAACAGCAUCUAGAAACUUCGAUGACCAUGCGGAAAUCGGCGGGGAUUAUUGUGAACACUUUUUACGCGCUUGAGGUUAGGGCUAUGGAGGCGCUUGUUAACGGUUUGUGUGUGCCAGACGCGCCGUCGUCUCCGCCGAUUUAUUCGAUGGGACCGUUGAUUACCGCAGCCGCCGGCGGAGAGCAUGAGUGUUUGCGGUGGCUGGAUUUGCAGCCGAGUAAGAGUGUUGUGUUCCUCUGUUUUGGCCGGGAAGGGGUGUUUUCCGGCGAGCAGCUAAGGGAGACGGCGGCCGGUUUGGAGAACAGCGGGCACCGGUUUUUGUGGACCGUGCGCGGUCGGGGAGGUGAACGGGCGGUUCUUCCGGAGGGUUUCGUGGAGAGGACGAAAGGGCGGGGGAUUGUGGUGGAGGAGUGGGCCCCGCAGAGGGCGGUGCUGAGUCACGACUCGGUCGGCGCGUUCGUGACUCACUGCGGGCAGAGCUCGGUGCUGGAGGCGGUGGCGGCCGGAGUUCCGAUGGUGGGGUGGCCGCUGUACGCGGAGCAGAGGCUGAGCAGGGCGGGGCUGGUGGAGGAGGCGAGAUUGGCGCUGCCGAUGGAGGAGGAGCCGGGCGGCGGCGGAUUGGUGACGGCAGCGGAGGUGGAGAGGCGGAUCAGGGAGGUGAUGGAGUCGAAGAGGGGGGAGGAGAUUAGGCGGCGCGUGGGGGAAAUGAAAGUAUCGGUGGCGGCGGCGGUGAGGAAGGGAGGGUCGUCGGCGGUGGCGCUGGAGAAGUUUAUGGCGGCGGUGACUGGUCGGAGUUAAUAAGUGUACGUGGCGGAUGCUUAUUGGCUGUUUCGUAUUUGUCUGAGCUCUGUCGAUCACAUAGGUUGUGUUGUUAUUUUUAUUUAUUUAUUUAUUAAUAAAUAAAUAAAUAAAUAGAAACUCAUGCUCCGUUUACAAGAU